ACUGAGCAGUUCCCAACCCAAUACGAUGACCCAUAAGAAAAAAUAUCAUAGGGAAAUAUCAAAAGGCAAUAAACUCAGAUUAUAUCACCGCCAAAGAAAAAUGGGAAAGAACCCAAGAACUCUCUCUCCUUUUUGUCUUUAGUUAGUCUUCUCUCUCUCCCUCUCUCUCUCUCUCUAGACCAACUCCAUUUUUCACACUUUUCACACCGUGGGUUCUUCUCCUUCUUCCUUCUUCUUUGGGUUUGUGUUGCAAUCGAUGGAAGAGUACAGAUCCAAGUCGUGCAGAGAUGGAAGAAUGCAGAUGGAAAGCUACUAUGGAGGGAGGCCGGCCCCGACAAGCAUGCAUGAUCUGAGGAGUUACAGCGCCAAUUAUGCGGGCUCUUCCUCUUCUUCUUCCUCGAACCCACCGACAUUCAUGCCCAGCAAGGAGGUGAAGAUGAAGAAGAGCAAGAGCAGGGUCGGAUCUGCGUCGUCGAAGAGCUGGGCCUUCAGUGACCCUGAGCUCCAGAGGAAGAAGCGGGUCGCUAGCUACAAGGCCUACACCGUGGAGGGCAAGAUGAAAGGGUCCCUCAAGAAGAGCUUCAGGUGGAUCAAGAACACGUGUACCCAAGUUGUCUAUGGAUGGUGGUGAUGAAUGAUGACUGACGAUGAUGAUGAUGAUGAUGAUAUUAAAAAGAAAAAAAGAGAGGGUGUUUCUUCUUCUUUUUUCCUCCUCUGUUUUGUGUUGUACUUGAGGCUGAAGGUGCGGUGGAUUUCACCUGUCUGCAAAUGCCAAAUCUCCCAAUUCCUCUUUGGAAAUAAAUCAUAUACUUAAUGUAGCACAUUGAUGUG